AAUACCGAGAAGUAAUGGUGCAAUAGCGGUGAUUUGCAAAAUUUGCUGCAGAAGUUUCAAGAAGGUGCCGAGCCGAUAAACACGACACCAAUACCCGAGGCAAUUAGUAUAAAAGCCGAAGUUGCGGCGAUUGCUGGUGUUUAUAGAACGACGAACACUUCAGACAACAAGUAACGACGCAGUACCAGAAGCGAGCAGUGUACCAUUGUGAAAAGAUAAAGGAAACAAGCACAAGCAAAAAUUAACUAAUUAAAAACUAUAAAAAAAACAAUACGAAAUGAAUCCGGAGAAACUAUUAAAAAUCACCUACCACGGCGCUACUGGUCCAACCAAGAAGAUGAAUGCGUAUCUACGUAUGCCUUCAAGUAAUUUGGGUUAUUUGCGUCGUGAAAUCGAACUUAAUCUCUUCCAAGAACGUCAGUUGCCCCAGUGCGAGAUCAGGACGUUUUGGGUUGAUUCGGAUCAUGAUGAAAUCGAAAUCGUCAAUCAAAUUGACUACGAUAUUUUCCUAUCCAAGAAUGAUAACAGCUUCAAGGACAUGCAUUUGCAUAUCGCUCCCGUGGUCGCUGCAGCGCCCGAGCCACCGGUAACGGCUAAGGCAGAGAGUGCCAGCACUGCUGCACCCACUGCCGCAGCGGCGUCGGACGAUCCCAGUAACUUUGUUAUACACGAUAACGUGGAGUGUGACUCCUGUGGUGUACUGCCACUGGUUGGCUUUCGCUACAAGUGCGUACAAUGUCCCAACUUUGAUCUGUGCCAGCGAUGCGAGGCGGCACACAAGCACCCGGACCACUUGAUGGUACGCAUGCCCACUCAUAAUGGUCCCAAGCUUAUCGAUGCCUAUUUAUCUGGACCGGGACUUGGAUUUCAUCGUCGUUCGAGUCGUCGCUUCAGGGGCCACUGUCCAUUUGGUGAGGCUGCAACCGAAGCAGCUGGACAGGCUGAUGCCCCUACUGGUGGUGAAACCAACAGAGAAAGCCGACGUGAACGCCGACACGUUCGUCGCCAUGGCGGUAUGUUUUCGCAGUUCGUUGAAAUGAUGAAAAACAUGCCGGAGAGCGCAGCUACUGCUGGCCAAGCUGCUCAGCCAACAGCAGCCACGGAGUCCAACAAUACGACCGCUCAGCCACGGGCUCAAGAAACCACUGCGGCCAAUGAACCAUCAGCACCGCCACCGGCAGCAGAGCCCGUCGCGACCACCAAAAUUGAACAGCCUAUAGCCGCUCCUCGCGUCGCAGAGCAAACACAACCCUCGAACUCAGCUUCAGCCUCGGGUGCCACGACACCAACCACACCGGUCAUUAACUUUGAUAACUUGUCCCAAAUGGUGCCGCCCGAAUAUAUGCGUGCAGGCAUUGAAAUAUUGAAUAAUUUCAGCGAAAUGUUUGCUAAAAUGUUGGACCCGGCCGAUGGUGCAGUCGAUUUGUCCACACGCACCAACACAACGAAUUCGAUGACUUCGACAGCCUCUACAGCUUCCAACAAUACAGAAGCUAGUGUAAAACCAGAGACAGCCCCUGUUCAGUUGCCAACUGAAAAGCCAAUCGAGAAGCCAACUGAGGAGCCAAUUAAGAAGUCAAUUGAGGAGUCAAUUCAGAAGCCAACUGUCCAACCGACGCCUGAAACUUCGCUGCAGACUUCACAAGCAUCGCUUGUUGAACCUCUGGCUGCUGUUUCACUGAAAGAGACGUCGGUGCCACGUCGUAGCUCAGACAGCUUGGACAACGAUUGGCAAAUGAUUGAUAAUACUGUUUCGUCGGCCAAUACGCGCACCCCUGAUGCUUUGAUCACUUUGGAUUCGGCCAACACUAGUGCUGCGUCCACAGUAGCCUCGGUGCCACCGGGGCCUGACUUUAGCCAAUUGGGCGAACUGCUGCGACAACAUAUGUCUGAAGAACAACAGCGUGAGCAGACCACUGCACACACCCAAACGGCUCAAGUGGACACGGUCAGUACAUCGACAUCGACCACUUCAAUUGGCACCAACAGCCAAUCGACAUCGACAGCCAAUCAGACGGAGCCCGAGGAGAAACACAGCUUUCCCAUCUACCACACUGAUGACCGCAUAAAUGCGUCCAUACAUGCCAUGAUGGCCAUGGGUUUCAGCAAUGAGGGCGCCUGGUUGACACAGCUUUUGGAGUCGGUGGACGGCAACAUACCCCAUGCAUUGGACAUAAUGCACACGUCUCAAACAAAUCGCAAUUAAAAUUGUGAACUCUAAUUAUGUAAACCAAUAGUUGUAGGGCUUGGUAACCAAG